CAGGUCCCCGACGCCGCGCUCGCCAACACCGCUCAACCCCCACUCCGCCACACUCGACAUGCCGCGCCCCCGCCUCCUCCUCGCAGCCGUGGUGAUGAUGGCCGCCCUCACGUCAGCGCUGGCCAUGCCACAGGGGCGCCUCAAGUACUCUGACCGAGAGCUGGUCGCCGAACUCGCGGCCCAGAUCGUGCGCGUGACGGGCGGCCCCUGGACCGCCCUCGCCGCCGCCCCCCAGAAGCGCAACUCCGAACUCAUCAACUCCCUCCUUGGACUCCCCAAGGUCAUGAACGACGCCGGGAGGAGAUAAGCGAAUCAUCUCAGAUAAAUCAUCGAUCGAGGCCAGUGUGGGCGUGUGGCAAGACCUUCAUCGUGAGCAGAAGACAGACCAUUAACAUCUUUUUCCGUAAUAAAUGUUGCAUCGGCAA